CUUUCAAUUUUCAAUACGAUCAACGGCCACUAUUAGCAGACGGAUUUUGUCGAGCGGUUCGCCCGGACGCUUGUAAGCAUCAUCGAAGUCAAUUGCUCUUCAACCGUUAGAAUUUCAGUUAACAAUGGUGGUAGAGGAAGAUGCUGCGCAGAGCUAUUUACCGUCAAAGAAGAAAUCAGAAUCUGAGGAUGAUAAGAGGAGAAAAAAAAUUGUUCCCGGUAGCUUAAUGAAAGCUUUGAUGAGACCUGGAGGAGGUGAAUCAAAUCCGUCAGAUGGUGAUCAGGUUAUAUAUCACUGCACGGUUAGGACCUUGGUUGGAGUUGUCGUUGACUCUACAAGAUCAGAAUAUGGAGGGAAAGGCAUUCCAAUAAGAAAUGUAUUGGGCAAGAGCAAAAUGAUAUUGGGGUUGUUGGAAGGUAUUCCGACAAUGUUGAAGGGUGAAGUCGCAAUGUUCAAAAUGAAACCUCAAAUGCACUAUGGAGAGGAAGACUGCCCCGUUCCAGUUCCAAAUAGUUUCCCUAAAGAAGAUGAACUCCAUUUCGAGAUUGAGUUGAUAGAUUUCUCCAAAGCCAAGGUUGUUUGCGAUGAUUUGGGAGUUCUGAAGAAGGUAAUAGAUGAAGGUCAGGGUUGGGAAUCACCAAGGGAACCAUAUGAAGUAAAAGCUUGGAUUUCUGCAAAGACGGCUGAUGGGAAGUUAAUUAUGUCACACACAGAAGGAGAACCAUAUUUCUUUACUUUCGGGAAAAGUGAGGUACCUAAAGGUCUUGAGAUGGGAAUAGGAACAAUGGCUCGGAAGGAGAAAGCGAUGAUUUAUGUUACAAAGCAGUACUUAACUCGCUCUCCCCUCUUGCCUGAGAUUGAAGGUUAUGAAGAAAUUCAUUUUGAAGUGGAGCUUGUUCAUUUCAUCCAGGUGAGGGAUGUGCUGGGAGAUGGGCGCCUAAUUAAACGACGACUGCAGGAUGGAAAAGGGGAGUUUCCCAUGGAUUGCCCGCUUCAUGACAGUCUUUUACGAGUCCAUUACAAGGGCAUGCUUCUUAAUGAAAAAAAGACAGUCUUCUAUGAUACAAGAGUUGAUAACCAGGGAGAACCUUUGGAGUUCAGUUCCGGGGAAGGGCUGGUCCCCGAGGGAUUUGAAAUGUGUGUUCGCUUGAUGCUUCCCGGAGAGAUUGCUCUGGUCACUUGCCCUCCUGACUAUGCAUAUGACAAGUUUUCCAGGCCACCUAAUAUUCCUGAAGGUGCUCAUGUUGCAUGGGAAAUUGAGCUUCUUGGUUUUGAGAUGCCAAAGGAUUGGACUGGUUUGAACUUCCAGAGCAUUAUGGAUGAAGCAGAAAAAAUUAGAGCUACGGUAUGUGGCUUACUCUAUGUUUGUAUCUUCGUCAAUGAGCCAUUUAUCCAUUUAUUGGAUGUCCGGUACUUUGGAUUCCCAUCUCCCUAUGGUAAUCGACUCUUCAAAGAAGGAAAAUUUGAACUUGCCAAGGCAAAGUAUGAUAAGGUUCUUCGAGAAUUCAAUCAUGUGAAUCCACAAACUGAUGAGGACGGAAAAGUGUUUUUAGACACAAGAAAUUUGUUACAUCUGAAUGUGGCCGCUUGCUUCCUCAAAAUGGGUGAAUGCAGAAAGUCCAUUGAGGCUUGUAAUAAGGUGCUAGAUGCAACCCCUGUACAUGUGAAGGCUCUAUACCGUCGUGGAAUGGCUUAUAUGGCUGCCGGAGAUUUCGAGGAAGCAAGAAGUGAUUUCCAAAUGAUGAUUAAAAUCGACAAGUCUGCAGAACCGGAUGCAACAGCCGCUCUAGCGAAACUGAAGAAGCAAGAGCAGGAAGUUGAGAGGAAGGCUCGGAAACAAUUUAAAGGACUAUUUGACAAGAAGCCUGGAGAAAUUUCGGAAGUUCAAGUCGAAGAGAAAGCUGCCAGAGAUGAGAUCAGUGGCGAAAUCCAGAAGAAUAGCGAGGGCUCUUCAUCAGAAGGGGGUGAGCCUCCGGAUUUUCCUGCAGCUGCAGCGACACCUCCAGUAGGUUGGUUCUACAACUUGUGGCCCACCGGUGGAAGACUCUUUUCAGCUCUCGGGUUUCAAAGAUGUACCGUACUCUGAUACAUGUAGGAUACACUUUGAAGAUGAGAAUCCGAACUUGACACCAUUGCAUUGACUGCAGAGUGCUUAAAUUAGUUCUUUCGUUAAAUAAUAAAAAUUUUAUGGUGCAACUUCAUAGUAAUAUAUAUCAUCAGUGAUAUAUAAGAAAGAAAAGGCAAGGCUUCUUCCUGUUCUUUCUGAGAAUUAUUUUCAUUUACAUGGAAAAACCUGAUUUCAAACAGAAAUGUUUGUACUC